AGAGAACAUGUCAUCUGCACUUGAAGCCAAACUCGAGGAUGCCCUCAAGUCUCGAGACGAGCGCAACAUCCGCCGCCGUCUCCCACACCAGAUCGCCGUGUCAUCCUCCGCAAACCUCGCAUCGGACCAGCUCACCGACUUCAGCUCAAACGACUACCUCUCGUUCACCACUCUCCCCCGACUGCGCGAUCUGUUUCUCGAAAAGCUGCAUGCAGCACCCGAAAUCCUCGGCUCGGGUGGCUCACGCUUGCUCGUUCCCGCACGACCACACGCUGCGCUCGAGACGCGCCUGGCCGCCUUCCUCAAAGCACCCGCGGCACUGCUGUUUAAUUCGGGGUUCGACGCCAAUGUCGGGUUCUUCGCGAGCGUGCCUCAGGAGGGCGACGUAAUUGUGUACGACGAGAUGAUCCACGCGAGUGUGCACGACGGUAUGCGGGCGUCGCGUGCGCACGCGGCACUCUUCUCGUUCGAGCACAAUUCGGUCAAGGCACUCGAGCGAACACUCAGGCGACUUGUACGCGAUCGUGCAGAUGUUGAGGCGGGAGGUGCAUCCGUUUUCGUCGCUGUGGAGAGCCUGUACAGCAUGGAUGGGACGUUCGCGCCCCUGAGGGAGAUGGUGGAGGUCGUCGAGACGAUGCUACCGAGAGGGAACGGGCAUAUUGUGGUCGAUGAGGCACACUGCACUGGCGUGUACGGACCAAGGGGAAGAGGGCGAGUCGUCGAGCUGGGGCUCGAGAAGAAGGUGCUAGCAAGACUACACACGUUCGGGAAAGCAUUAGGAGGGAAUGGUGCUGCACUGCUCACAACUGUACUCAUACGGGACUACCUCCUCAACUACGCACGCUCACUCAUCUACACAACCUCUCUGACGAAUGCCAAUGUGAUCGCAGUCGACUGUUCGUUUGAUCUAAUGGAGGAUGGGACAGCCAGCAAGCUUGCCUCCCACCUACUCGACAUGUCAACCCACUUCGUAGAAUCCCUGCGCCCCCACCUCGCCUCGAUACCCUCAAAACUCCUCUCCCUCCCACCUCAUAUCCUCUCACCCUCCCCCGGAACUCCGCCCUCGCCCAUCAUCCCCCUGCACACCUGCUCUCCGCGACCUUUAUCUGCAUAUCUCGCAUCCCGCAACCUCGCUGCCCGAGCGAUCACCUGGCCGACUGUACCGAAAGGUAAAGAUCGCGUGCGGAUAUGCCUGCAUGCGGGCCAUAAGCGGGAGGAUGUAGAUCGGCUUGUCUCCGCCAUCCUCGCUUGGACGGACGAACAAGUGACCAUGCGGAGGAUCCAGAAGGAAAGGGAGCUCGAGGAGUGGCGGGGGGUGAGUACGUGGAUGGAGGCUAAGUUAUGAUUAAUUGCAUUUGAAGAGUGGUUGGAGGGAUACAGGUUAGAUGGGGUGAUGAUCGCUGGACGCGCCCGUCAAAUGUAGGUUUGCGAAGUGUACAGUGCAUUGCUGUAAAAACAGAGCUGUGCUGUUUUCGUUCGCGGGGGAUCAGUCUUGCAAAGCAUUGAUCUCUUUUGUACUUUGAGUUAGGUAAUCGUCGUAGGAGUCCCGAUAGUUGGCAGGAGUAUUCGCGCGCGCCCGGAACCUUGCUACUACCUCCCUAUUAUGCUGGAUCGCGGAGAGUUGGGCAUGUUUGAUGGUGCCAGAUACGUGAACAACGUUUGGUAUGAACCGUUGUCCAGCCACAUUUGUGAGCAACGUCGUCGCGCCCCAUGCAAGCUGAUGAUGAUCUCUCGCGACACGGAUGAUGCAUAUACCCGUCGUUGGGGAGUAGUACUUCACAGUCAACGACAUACCCACAGCUCCCCAUCCCGUGUCGCCAAAGUUGGAGAUGACGCUCUGCUUGAGCGCCGCGAAGAUCUGGCGGCUAUCGAGGUUUGAUUGUGUCUUUGGCUUCUGAAGCUGAGGUUGCGGGUUAUGGUAAGACGCCGG